CAUUGAGACAAACGCACUGGUUUUUCGCUUUUGCAGCAACCAACUACCAAUGUGAUAAUUAUCGGUAACGGUGAUGAUGUCAUAGUUCAGUGAUUAAAUUGAUUGGAUUUCGUCAUAAAAGAAACAGAACAGAAUUUAAAAAAAAAUAAAGAGAAUUACAGUUAAGGCAACAACGGACCAAAAGUGGCAAACAAUGCACGAACAGCAGAGAUUACGUGACAAUUUCCUGCUGGAAACGAAUUUCGACGAAGAUGGUGCUCUGACGACGGUUCACACACAUGGCAAUCGUGCGAAUGCCACCGACUUGAGUGCCGCAAGUGAUAUGCGAAAUCGCAUUACUUACCGUUCGAACAUGUCCGUGGACAGAUAUUCCGAUACGACGUUGCACGGUGUUCGUAGCUCAGGAAAUUGUUGUCAGUCAUGUGUUACGCGAAUACCGUACGCCACGCUAAUCGCAACUGUGAUGUGUCUCAUCGGUGUCGGCAUUUUCUGCGGGACAAUGUAUCGCGGCACCUCCCUGACCAUCAUCAUGUUCGACACCGUCUUCCGGCUGCGUCUUGCGUGGAUUGAUGCCAUCCAGAUCAUCUUCGUGAUUGUGGGCGCCUCGAUGGCUGCCUUGGGUUUCAUGAUAUUGUUCGUUGGAUGUUUGGCGACUGGCGCCACGCGACACAAGGUUUAUCGGGCAUGGGGCUCCCGUGUCGGCGGAAGGAUUUCUUGUGCUGUGUUCAUGGGCAUUACGUACAUUUUGAAGUUGAUUUGGAUCGUGAUAUUGUGCGUCAUGGCGAUUGUUGUGUUUAUCUUUGUCAUUUUCUGGAAUAUGUGUAGCAAUCCGGAUGUAGCUGAAAAACACUCGAAUUGCAUUGAGUUGAAUCAAUUCUAUUUCCUCUUCCCGGCUGGACAACGCGAAGAAGACAUGAAAGUAUGUCAAGCGCACGAAGUGAAAGCUUUUUGCAAAGACGGCGUUGAAGCAGCUGUCCCGAUGUUCAUUUUGGCACUUAUGGCUUGUCUCUUGAUCAUUUUGUCUCUCGUGCAUUAUCUCAUGUGUCUGGCAGCCAAUUAUGCGCACAUUCGGGACCACGAGAAAUUCCAGGAGCUCCAGGAGAUGCACAACUUGACCGAACUCGAGUUCCAGUCGUCCAAGGAACGUUUCUAGAAUAAGUUUGACCAGAAGAUGUAUCAGUAUCCGCAUCCGUCGGCAUCCCGCAUAAGGAUCGAACAACAGCAGCAACGCUACUACAACAAUCGAAAAAUGGUUGAUGUCUAAAAAAAAAUCGAGAUGCGAUACUAAAUUUAAGUGUAAGUGUGUAAUGGUGACGUUUUGCGUUAAAAUUAGUUAAUUUUCAUUGAGAUUCGUUGUUAAGUUAGAGCUUCGUAUAUUUUUUCGUUAAAUUUUUUUUUGAGAGAAACUGAAAAAAAGACAUGUAAGUGAAAAUCACUCACUGCCGACUAAAAUAUAGAAAAAUUGCCUUAGAACGUAAGAAUCCUUGAGAUAAAGUUGAUAAUAAUAAGUUUACAAGAAAAUUUGUU